GGGCGGGCGGAGGCCGGAAGGGGCGGGGCGAGGCGCGGCGGCGCUGGCGGUGGCGUGCCCCCCCUUAGUGUGCUGCUGCUGCUCGUCCCGGUCCCGGUCCCGGUGCCGCCCCGGUCCCGGCCCCCGUCGGGAACUAUGUCCGAGGGAGUGGACCUGAUCGACAUCUACGCCGACGAGGAGUUCAACCAGGACUCUGAGUUCAGUAAUGCUGACCAGAUGGAUCUGUACGACGACGUGCUCGCAGCCAGCUCGCAGCCCCCCGAAAGCCGCACCAGCAGCUCGGAGCCGCCCCCCGAGAUCCGGCAGGAGCCAUCCCCCAAACCCAACAACAAAUCCCCUGCCAUCCUCUACACCUACAGCGGGCUGCGCAACAAGAGAGCCGCCGUCUACGUGGGCAGCUUCUCCUGGUGGACGACGGACCAGCAGCUGAUCCAGACCAUCCGCUCGGUCGGCGUCUACGACGUGGUGGAGCUGAAGUUUGCAGAGAACCGGGCCAACGGCCAGUCGAAAGGGUACGCAGAGGUGGUGGUUGCCUCUGAGAACUCGGUCCACAAGCUGCUGGAGCUCCUGCCCGGCAAAAUCCUCAACGGGGACAAGGUGGAGGUGAGGCUGGCCACGCGGCAGAACCUGUCCCAGUUCGAGGCGCAGGCUCGCAAACGUGUUCCGCCACGGGCCCACUCCCGGGACUCCCUGGACUCCGUGGAUGGCCGCGCCACGCCGACGGACAACGCGCUGCCGCCCGCCCGCGUGGAGAAGCCCCCCUCCAUCCUGCCCUUCUUCAACCGCCCCCCCGCCGCCCUGCCCCUCAUGGGGCUGCCCCCGCCGCCCAUGCCGCCCCCGCCGCCCCUCUCCUCCGGUUUCGGCGUCCCCCCACCGCCGCCCGGCAUCCACUACCAGCACCUCAUGCCCCCGCCGCCCCGACUGCCCCCACACCUGGCUGUGCCGCCCCCGGGGGCCGUCCCCCCGGCCCUACACCUCAACCCGGCCUUCUUCCCCCCGCCCAGCGCCACCCUGGGGCCCCCGCCGGACACCUACGGCAAGGCCAUGGCCCCCUACAACCACAGCAGCCGGGAACUCGGCCCGCCGCCACCCGCCGUGAGCGAGGUGGAGUUUGAGGAGAUCAUGAACCGGAACCGGGCCAUCUCCAGCAGCGCCAUUUCCAAGGCGGUGUCGGGCGCCAGCGCAGGCGACUACAGCGACGCCAUCGAGACCCUCCUGACGGCCAUCGCCGUCAUCAAGCAGUCCCGCGUGGCCAGCGACGAGCGGUGCCGCGUCCUCCUCUCCUCCCUCAAAGACUGCCUGCAUGGGAUCGAAGCCAAGUCCUACAGCACGGGCGCCAGCAGCAGCUCCUCCAGGAAACGGCACCGGUCCCGGGAGCGCUCUCCCAGCCGGUCCCGCGAGAGCAGCCGGCGGCACCGGGACCUGCUGCACAGCGAGGACCGGCACGAGGACUAUUUCCAGGAGCGGAACCGGGAGCACGAGCGGCAUCGGGACAGGGACAGAGACAGGGACCGGCACCACUGAGACAGGAGUUCGGCAGUAAGUGGUUUUUAAUGGACUCGGAUCUCCUCACCUCGACCAGGACUGUGCCACUGAGGCCGCUCCACCCCCUUACCCUCUCCCCGCCGCCCCCGGCUCUCUCCGGGCACCCGAGGAAGGGCCUGGCUGCGCCCCGCCGCCUCCCUCCGACACCUCGUGGCCUUGGGGCCUGAGCCCUCGCCCACACCCGCCGCCGCUGCUGCUGCUUCCCGGGGAGAGGCUGGAAGCCGGGGAGCCCGGGGCCGCCCCGCUCUGCGGAUACUUGGACCCAAAGAGAAAUGGUGCUUUUCUACCACGGAGGGAGGUUUGUGAGCCUUUUCCUCUCCGCAGCCCUUUGGGGUAUGUCCGGAAGGGGACGGAUCCCCCGCAGGCGCGUGCAGCAAGGGGGUUUGGAGGCGUGCGGCUCACGCCCUGUGUCUGUAGGGCCAGAGGAGGCGCGGGGAGUUGUGCCUGGUCCCAGCGGGAUCGCUGCCGCCGUGCACCUCUCCCAAAGCAGCAGCUCUGGCCAGCAGGCAGCAGCGGGGCCCCGCGUGGAGCCGGCCUCUCCCGCAGAGCCUUCCUUGUUUUAGAGGAAGCAGAGGAGGCAGGGCGGGCUGCCACCCGCAGCCGGCGGGCCUCGGGGACUGCGCGUUCCCCGCCAGGGGCUGCCCCCUUCCCUGCGGCGUUGCCCUGACCCCCCUUUCCCACCGGGUGGUGGCACCCCGACUGUGUCACGCGGUCGCAGGCUGGGACGGGGUGGUGGGGACAAGGCCAGGAGGUUUCUGUGCCUGGCGGGGCUGCGCAGAGCUGUGUGCAGCCGCUUCCAGGCCAGGGAGCAGCCCCCAAGCCCCACAAGGGUCCCUCCGGCACAGGCUGCGUGCUGGAGGAGCCCAAGGGGGUCGGGGUGGAGACCCAGAGCGAUUUCCAGCCCCCAGCGGGGCGGGCUUGCCCUCUGAACUGUGGCCGGACAGGAGAAACCCGGCUCCAGAGGUCUUUUUAGGCUAAAAUCACACAAAACAAAAGAGAAAAAAAAAAAAUCUGUAAAGUAUCAUGAGGUGCCGGCUUAGCGGGUGAGUGCUGGGGGGAGCAUUUGGUGGGAGAGUUCUGUUUUUUUUACUUAACGACACAAAUUUUUAGUUUCUUUCCAAAUAGUGGGGAAAAGUGCAGAGCAAACCCCUAUUAACCACCCGGCGAGGCGCUGCCCCUCCUGCUCGCAGUGACUAGAUUUGUUUGUCUUUCUGAUAGGUUGGAAAUUGUGUAAUAAACUUGAUGACGUUGUCAGUCUUUUA